AUAACGGUCAGGGCCUUGAGAGAGGCUCGCGGCACUGAUCUCCAGUCAGUUUAUGUCAAAAUGCAGCUACGCACUUGGCUAACGACGCGACAGGAUAACUACAGACGGCUAGGCUCUAGCUAGCAUACAAAUAGUAAUAUUUUUAAGCUGUUAGGAUGAUUCCCUAAUUUAAAACAGUAGUUAUUACCCCUGCAAGUCCUGCUGAGGUACCUUCAUGGCAAGUUGUCGUUGUUGACGCUGUUUGCUAAAACGGCGCCCUGCGGCUUUGAUGUAGCUCGGAGCACAGACCCAGAGCAGACGUCCAUCAUAAUCCGCAGUGUCAACAUCUCUGUUCAGCUCUCUGUGGUGGAGGCUACAACGUGAGCGAGCCUGCGUGGAUUCACUAUGCAAGCAAACACAACACGGGGCUUCUUGUGGUCGGACAUAGAGACCAAGACCUUGUUGAACAUCUGGGGGGAGCAGGACAUCCAGACGGCUCUGGAUGGAAACUUCCGAAACAGCUUCGUGUACCGCGACGUCGCCCGGAGGCUGGGCGUGAUGGGCUUUGAACGCACGCCCGAACAAUGCAGGGUGCGGAUCAAAAGCCUCAAGAGGCAGUAUUUAUUAGCAAAGGAGGGAAAUCUGCGGAACAACGGUCAGUAUCAUAAGAUUUGUAAGUUCUAUGAAAUCAUGGAGAGGAUUUUAAGCAACCGGCCGGCCCUUGACCCUCAGGAGUUAAUAGACAACGGGGCGGGAGGAGAGGAGGCCGGGGAUGGCCUGGAGGAGGAUGGAGAGGAUGCUCAGGAUGGAUAUUCAGAGAGCACAGGGGAGUAUCCUUAUCCUGCUGAGACAGAAGUGAAACUGGAAUACCCAACUGUUCCCAUCUCUGUUCCACUUAAAGUCACAGUGGGUGACAACAUCCCUACAGCAAGACCACAAAACAAUCUGUCAGCCAGUAACUCAUCAGCCAGAGCACCCAAACGGCCAAGAAAGCGGCGCUCAAACUUCCCCAUGGAGAAGCUGAUGGAGCAGUUCCUGGAGCAGAGUGCCCAAGCUGAAGACAACUUCUACCGCAUGGAGGAGCAGCGCCUGCAGGCCGAAGACCGUCGCAGGGAGGUUGAGCACACAAGGGAAAUCCAGAUGCUGCAGAUGCUUGGUCAGAUGUUCUCCAGCAUCUCCUCUGCAAGACCGAACUCUGCUGCAACUCCCUCCAAAACAACUCCCCCGGCCCGCCCGCCUGUGUUCUCCAGUGCCUCCCCUUCAUGUACACGUGGCCAGUCUAGUCAUCUCAAGCACCCUUCACCUCAAAGAGAGUGUUUUACGCAGCAAAGUCAUCUAGAGCCUCAGGUUUUAGUGUUAGAUCGCUACUACAGUCUGAGCUCUACAUCACACAGAGGCAUGGACGAUGACUUUCUCUCACUUGUAAAGAGCAUAGUUCCUCCGCUGACAUUGAAAAAGCACAAGGGACAAGAUGGACGGAUUGGAAUCAUUGGAGGAUGUCAAGACUACACAGGAGCUCCAUAUUUUGCUGCCAUCUCAGCACUGAAAGCGGGUGCCGACUUGUCCCAUGUAUUCUGCACAAAAGAUGCUGCAACUGUGAUCAAAUCAUACAGCCCAGAGCUCAUCGUUCAUCCUGUUCUGGACAGUCCUAAUGCAGUGGAGGAGAUUGAAAAAUGGCUCCCAAGACUCCACGGCCUUGUGGUGGGACCAGGACUGGGUAGAGAAGACUUGCUACUGAACACUGUAAAGGAGGUGAUAGAGAAGUCUAAACCAAGGGACAUCCCUAUAGUCAUUGAUGCUGAUGGAUUAUGGCUAAUUACACAGCAACCAUCUGUUAUCCAAGGGUACCAAAAGGGAAUCCUGACACCUAACUUCAUGGAGUUUACACGACUGUAUGAGGCACUGCACCAUGAGCCUAUGGACAGCAGUGAUCACCAGCGCAGCGUCCUGCAGCUCAGUGCAGCCAUGGGGAACUUGACUGUGGUGCUAAAAGGAGAACAUGAUCUCAUUACAGAUGGCAGUAAAGUUAUCUCAUGCAGUGUCAUGGGCAGUGGGAGAAGAUGUGGUGGGCAGGGGGAUCUUCUGUCCGGAUCUAUGGGAGUUUUUGCACACUGGGCUUAUGCUGCCUCUGCAGCUGGAAUGUUCAGAAGUGUAAACCCAUCACUGGUUGCAGCAUUCGGGGCCUGUUCUCUAACAAGACAGUGCAACAGUCAGGCAUUCCAGCGACAUGGCAGGUCCACCACCACAUCGGACAUGAUCCAGGAGAUCGGCUCAGCCUUCAAAAAACUAUUCGAAAGUUGAAAAAUGGAACAUUUAUUCAAGUGUUGUUUUAAAAAGUUAGACUUGCACUUAAGUUCUGCAAUUUGAUGCCUUUCAAAAUGAACACUAGAAAAAUUUAAAGAAAAGCACUUCAUCUUGGGUGACCUGGAUCACAUGCUUUAUUUAACUUUUUUAUCACAUUUUUAAGUGCAAACUGCCCACAGCUUAAUGGUGGUGUAUGGUGAAGGGCAGUGAUUAUCUAAAAAGGCUAAUGUACAAAAACAUGAUUAAAAUGUUAUCGUAUUAACCUGUCAUAUUGACUGAAAAUACUGUUGCAGAUAUAUUUAAAGCCUCCAGGGACUUAUACCAAUUGAGGAUUUUUGUGCAGCCCUGAAAAACAAAACGCACUGACUUAUCUACACAAACGCACCCCAUUCCAACAUGAACUAGAUUGCCGUUUAUGAUGGAGGUAGCAUUUUUCCCCAGCCUACCAAAGAGACUGAGAUACUAGGAAAAUGGAUCAAUGAGAAACUUGUUUCAGUUAUGUAAUAAAUAAGACUAUGUACAAGUUACUUCUUGAAUGACUUCUUUAUAGCAGUCUACAGCACAGAAAUGUGCCUUAGUUGUCAUAAGUGGAAGACAAAUUUCAGUGUUUUGCCACAACACAGAAAAUUGCCUAAAACCUGUCAGACAUAACUUUAAUCUAUAUUAGCAUGUCAGUAUGUAACAUCUGAGAAUUUUCUUUGAAGGGCAAGGUUGUGGCAUCGCUGCAAAUAAAGAUUUUAAAACUGCGCUCAGGCUUUAAAAACUCAAACUUCUAUACCUCAACUUCAUGUCAUAUCUUCACUAAAUUUUUUUUUUAAUUGGAAUUGCAUGCUAGAUCAAAUGACCCUUGCAACAUUUUUCUCUAAAUCACAGCGCCUCCCACUGGCAGCAAGAAGUACUGUUUUUUGUUUAUUUUUCUCUGAUUUCAACAAAUUUGAAGGUAUUGCAGACAAUAUUCAUAACCUGUAUGAUUUCCCAUCUGGAUAUAUAUGCGAAGAAUUAUUAGCCAUGAAACAGGUAAUAUUACCAUGAUGUGCUUAAAGGGGAA